CGAAACCCACUACUGUUCUGCUGUAAUUAAGUAAUUGAAGGAGUUAUUCACAAAAGAAGGAAAUAGCUGAUUAGGAAACGUGUGAUGGCGUGCAGUACAGGGGGGACUCUCGGUAGUUUUAAGGCGAUUAUAUAAGAGUAAGUGGGGGACCACUGGAACACCCUGUAUUUUACAGAGGAAUUUCACGUGGGUUCCUAAGAGUUCUCCCGCAUGUUUACGAGAGCAAAAAUUAAAUCGUAUAAACCUUCGGAGCGCACACAAUAUUUCAAUUUGUAAAAGUUAACGACAUGGGAGCAAUUAUUCUUUAUUUAACCGUGAUUCUUUUCUUGUUUUUGGACGUAGGAACCUGUAAUGGUACCACUUCUAGCAACGGGACCAAAUUAACGCGCGAAUUAAUACCGUUGGAGGGCCCCACCAAUCUGACCCUUCAGCACUUCGAUGACCGAGAGGCCAUCAUCACUUGGGAUCCGGUUAAACCCGACUCGGUGCGUGGUACUUUCAGAGGUUAUAUCGUAAGGGUGUGGAACCACGGGCUGAGUCAAGUCUACGCGGUACCGCCGGAAGUAACCAAGGCCUCCGUCGCGUUUUUUCCUUAUUCGAAGAAUUUCGUCACCGUAGCGGUGAGGAAUGACAAGUAUGUGGGACCGAGGAGCGAAACGAUCAGUUUCGAGGCACCGCAGACCGAGCCGGGUAUGCCUUUUUUGUUUCAACAAAGCCAACUGGGAUCGCACUCCGCCCUAUUGCAAUGGAGCAGACCGAGCAACCCUAACGGGGUCCUUUUGGGGUACAAUCUGUACUGUAGUGAAGCCACAGAGUCUGGGAUAAAUGACAAGACUAAGGUGCACGAGUUCAUACAGGGUGCGGAAAACACUCAGGCCAAAAUAACCGGGUUGAAGCUGGGUCAGAAGUACCAAGUGGAAGUGGCCGCCGUUAAUUGUGCCGGGGAGGGAGAACAUAACAGCCUUUCUGUGGAAGUGGAACCGCAUCAGCCUUACCCCCCAUCGCCACCCUCCUUUAAAUACAAAAUAAACCACGAAAACUUGGAGAAAAACGAGUAUUUUCAUAGGGAGUGCACCAAACCGAGGUACCCAUACAUCCCCCAUAAAAAUAUCGUGGACAUCGACCACGUGGAGGAUGACACUUUUACAUUGGACCACGCUGAUCCGAAAAAACCAGCCGACAACCCCCAAACUACCACCAAUCCCCCUCAAAACAUCACAGAAAUUAAAUCCCGAAACCCUUGCCUGGUACAGACGGAAAUCAAGUGGGUUCCAGACACGGUUCACAAUCCGGGCGAAUAUUUCUACCUAAAGUACCGCCAAAAAGGCUCCCAAAACUGGACGGAAACCUUACCGGAAUUAUCCGAGGAUUUUCUCAUAAUUAACGAGUUUAACGCGUGCAAACGUUACGAAAUCGUACUGGUCGCAGUGGACGGGGAAUAUCGGACCGAAAGCGAACCCCAAGAGACCCCAGCUACGAUGUUUAUGUAAAAUUAAUUCCGAAUUUAUUCAAUAAAAUAUUUACGUUU